AAGCGUUUUUUGAGGUGGUUGGCGGAAGAUGGCGGCCGCCGAAAGGGGCUGGUGCGUGUGCGAGUUGUUAAGGUUUUUUUAUUCAUUAUUCUUCCCUGGGUUAAUCGUAUGUGGAACUUUAUGUGCCUGUUUGAUCGUUGUCCUUUGGCAAGUCAGACUGCUGCUACAGAGAAAGAAAAAGUCAAUGUCAACUAGCAAAAAUGGGAAAAAUCAAAUAGUGAUUGCAUUUUUUCAUCCAUACUGCAAUGCUGGUGGAGGUGGAGAAAGAGUUUUAUGGUGUGCCUUAAGAGCCCUGCAAAAAAAGUAUCCUGAAGCUGUUUAUGUUGUUUAUACUGGGGACACUAACGUCAGCGGUCAACAGAUACUAGAAGGUGCUUUCAGAAGAUUUAGCAUCAGAUUAACUUAUCCAGUGCGGUUUGUUUUCUUAAGGAAACGCUACCUUGUGGAAGAUUCACUCUAUCCUCACUUCACACUGCUGGGCCAAAGUCUUGGAUCCAUUUUUCUUGGCUGGGAAGCUCUGACCCAAUGUGUUCCUGACAUAUACAUCGAUUCAAUGGGAUAUGCUUUCACGCUUCCUCUGUUUAAGUAUAUAGGGGGAUGUCAGGUUGGAAGCUAUGUUCAUUAUCCCACUAUCAGCACUGACAUGCUCUCUGUAGUGAAGAAUCAAAAUGUUGGAUUUAAUAAUGCAGCCUUCAUUACCAACAGUCCAUUCCUCAGCAAAGCAAAGCUCAUCUACUACCAUUUAUUUGCCUUCAUUUAUGGACUUGUUGGCUCUUGCUGUGACAUAGUCAUGGUCAAUUCUUCUUGGACACUAAACCAUAUUCUGUCACUGUGGAAGGCUGGGAAUUGCACUAACAUUGUUUAUCCACCUUGUGAUGUGCAGACAUUUCUGGACAUUCCCUUACAUGAGAAAAAGAUGACCCCAGGACAUUUACUGGUUUCUGUUGGCCAAUUUAGACCGGAAAAGAAUCAUCCUUUGCAGAUCAGAGCCUUUGCUAAACUGCUGGAUAAGAAGGUGACUAAGUCAUCUCCUCUUAAACUUGUCAUCAUUGGAGGUUGCCGGAACAAAGAAGAUGAACUUAGGGUAAACCAGCUGAGAAAGCUGGCUGAAGAUUUAGGGGUUCACAAAGACGUGGAAUUUAAAAUAAAUAUUCCAUUUGAUGAAUUAAAGAAUUACUUGUCUAAGGCAACAAUUGGCCUACAUACCAUGUGGAAUGAGCAUUUUGGGAUUGGAGUUGUGGAGUGUAUGGCAGCUGGCACAGUCAUCCUUGCACAUAAUUCAGGGGGCCCGAAGCUUGACAUUGUUGUUCCUCAUGAAGGAGAGAUAACUGGAUUUCUGGCUGAGAGUGAAGAAGGCUAUGCUGAGACUAUGGCUCGUAUUCUUUCCAUGUCUGCAGAAGAGAGAUUCCAAAUCAGAAAAAAUGCUCGCGCGUCUGUAAGCAGGUUCUCUGAUCAGGAGUUUGAAGUGACAUUCCUGUUAUCUGUGGAAAAGUUAUUUAAAUAAUGCCAUAUAUGUACAAAUUAAAGCUCCACAUCUCAGAGGCUGGAAGUUACCUUCAAGUCAUUCAAGAGAACAUCAGAUGGUUUUUCUGACAUGAGCUCCAUCUGCAAAAUGCAUUUUGAAAAGAACAUUGGACAAGCAGUUAGCAUUCCUGAGCCUACCCUUAGCUUCAUCAUGACAAAUGUCUGACCUUUUGACACUAAAGCUGCUCCUUAAUCUUUCUGAGGCUCAGAAUCUUCAUGUAUAAUCUGGUGAUGUUAAUCUAUAUCCUUACUACCUUCUAUAGUUGUGAUACUACUUUGAAAACUAUAAACGUUAUUUUCUAUAAAAGUAACUAUAUAUAUAGGAUGGACAUAAAGUUUGUGUGCAAUUUAAAACAGUAAAUGUACAUAGUUACUAGGUAAUCCUAUGCUUUAUCAAUGCAUUACAACUCUGUAGAUUCUUGGUUUUAUUAAAUUCCAGAAUACUUUCUUAUUUCACUAAGAAGCUUAUACCACUUCCUAAGCCAGUAGUUAGGAAGUGGUAUAAGUUUAAUAUGAUUUCUAUCUUGAAUAACGUGAAACACUGUGUAUGUUUAGACAAUGACCAUGAAGACCUACAGCGUUCGCAUUUUCUGCAUAUGUAGCAUUUCCUGCUAGUUCAGUGAAUUGAAACCCCUCACAGUGUGAUUCAUCUUUGUGUGAGGGGCACAGGCAAGAGGUAUGUUAUUCCUUUGCAGUCUACUCUCAACCAUUUAUCAAUAUCUACUCCCAGUUAUGUUGUUGGUUCAUCUGCAGGCCAUCUUUCUGUCAUUAGAUCAAAAAGGAAUAAAACAGAGUCAGUCACGAGGUGUUCUGACACACUAGCAUAGCUGUGUGUUCAAGAUGACUCCAUGUAGAAAAGAAAGACUGGUAGGAGUUAGCACGAAAGGCACCCUACCGAUUCUCAGUCCGUUUCUCUCUGAUUUUCAACUUCAUAGACAAGAACAAUUUAAAUUUAAAAACUUUAGUAGACUCCUGUGUCACAAUGCUGUUCGAUGAAAGAAUCACGAUUAUAACCUGGAUAUUCUGAUUCCUUUCACAGUGCUUUUUCUCAUUUUAUACCUAAUCUUUGGGGGAAGAGUCACACUUGCCCGCUCAGCCUCCUAAAUCUAUACAAAGAAAAUUAUGGGACCAAAGAUAAAAUGGACAGAGCAAAAAUAGAGGAUGUAGUGAAGUCAGAAAGUAUUCUGGAAUUUAAUAAAACAUUCUUUAACCUUUUUCUAAAUGAUUUUCAAAUCACAAACAUAACAGUGAAAAAUAUAAAUGCAAAUGUUCACUUUCCAUGUUCCUAAUAUGGUAUCACAUGUAUUUUUAUUUUUUUCUGGAUGACUGAUAACUGUGAAAAGUGUCAAAGUAUCAUAUCAGCUAGUGUCUACAGAACUUCUGGAUGACAGUUCUACUAAGACAUCACUUUUGAGUAGUCCAUGCAUGCUAUGUUUUGAAUCCACAAUAAUGGAAAUUCACAUUUCUAGGUGUGUUCUAUAAAUUACAUGUUACAUAAUCUUUGUAUAAUAAUCAUUUGUAUGUAAAUAUUUAGACCGAAUAGAUACAAAAUCCAUUUGUUUCUAAAUAUGAUUUAAAGAAGUGAUUUCUCAUUAUUUUAGAUUCUUUUAUAGUAUGGUGCCUGUUAUACCCUUCAUGUAGUCUACCAGUUCUCCUACUAAUAUUCCAAAGCUCCACAUGCCAAGAAAUUUUUAUUUUUGUUUAAAAGGAAACAAUUUUGUUCUGCCUGUACAAACUAAGAAUAAUAAACUAUCAGGUUUAAUAGCCUUUUUUAAACUAAAUAACUGCAGAGCUUUAUAUACUUUAUUUUAAUAAUUUUACAAGGCCAUCUUAUAAGCUACAUUAUGAGAGAGGCCAGUGUGGUUAUCAGUGCUUUCAUAAUAUUUAUGUUUAUAUAAACCUGCCCUAGACUCCAGGACUCUGAUAUGAGUAAAUAGAAAAAUGUCUAGUGAAUCUAUGAAUGAGUACAACAGAAAAGUUACUGCUAUUAUAUAACUACAAGUUAUGUGCAUUUCUAGAAGGAAUUAUGUCCCUGUAAUUUAUUCCACCUUUUCUGCUGCUUCUCUGCUAACUUUUUCCUCUUUCCCCUCCUAAAUCUAAGGCUCUAAAGAAGCACCUGUUCCAGUAUUCUAGCUGUACACGUGUGUACUCAGUUGGACUACAGGUAAAUGUCGCAGGACACUCAGGAAGGAGAGGCUCAAGGGUUGAUAAACUUACUGCUACCAUUUAAGAAAUAAUCAGUUUGACAGCUAUCAUACAUAGAUAGACUAGCAAGAAGCUGAUUUUUCUAAUGAGAUUUAUGCUAAAAAUACAUGCAGUUCUGAUCAAUAAUUUUAGUUUAACAGAUGAAGCAAACCUAAAGCCAGAGCCAAGUAAUGAGAGCCAUGCCUGAAGGACGUGAUGAGGUGAUAACGUGUACAGAAUGAAAAUCUCACGGAUAUGUUUACUUACCAAAAUGUAUUUCCAGUUUAGAGCAAAGAAUCCAAAAUAUUAGAAUAAAUAAAGCUUGGAAGCCUCUUGUCAUGA